AUGGCCAACAAGUCCUCUACUCAAGACGAGGACGUAGCACCUGAGGCUUUUGACAAGAUGCUGCGCAGAUCGUGGGAUACAGUUUACCAAGCCAGUCCCGAUGGAGAAACAUAUAUCUCACCGCAAUGCCUGAACGGCACCCCAGUUCGCAAGAUUACUGAGAAGGGUGACUACUGGAGGAUCGGAUGGAAUUCACUGGACUCCUACCUGGCCCAGGAAAAGGCAGAAGAGGAGUUGAAGGCAGACGCUCGGCAGCGCUACACCCUAACACCUGGUUCGAAGACAGCCAAGGAUACCCUUAAACUCCACACUGACAAUGUGUCCAAACAUCGAAGGAUCAAAGACAUCUUCGGUCCCGACAGCUCUUAUCAUCCCAACCAGCUGGUCUCCAAACACCACCUUCCCCCUGAAGGCCUAUGUCAAAAGGAACUUAUGUAUCGCAUGGCCUGCAAAGUGGCAGAUCUCCGAAUCCUACACCAAAAAGGAGAGCUCGCCAUGGACCCAUGGGAUUUCUUCCGUUGGAGGGUAUCCCUCAAGCUACGAUCAUGUAUGGACUUCGCCGCCCAGAGCGGUCGAGAGUACAUCAGAACCAUCGCUUACAAGCUGUGUGAAGACUCAGGUCUGCAUAGUAGCUCAAAAAAGUAUGAGGAUUCCCUCUUACGCAAAGCGAUUCUGCGUUCGGCAGAUUACCAGCACCGAGCAAGUAGCUUCGGCAAGCCUAGUGGGACAAAGAAGAUUGGCAAUGGCUCUAAAGUCUCUCGUGCCAAAGUCGAGCCCCUAUCUUCAUCGUCGUCUGGCCCAGCAAUGGCUGCUGCACGAAUUGAGAAGCGUCAGAAGAAGGCAUCACAGCCACCCUCCACUUACCAAGGGGUGAACGUCUAUCGGGCACAACAGACAGACAAACAGCUGUCGAGAAAUGGUGACUCAAAGCCUAAGGCUUAUUGA